AUGAGACCUGUUCAGGUGAUUUUUCAGGUUGCUCUAUCACCAUCAUCUGCAUAUUCAUGUGCACCCCGUAUCCUAAAAGAGGGGCCCCCUUCGAAACACGUACUUGCCACUAAAGCUCUCGUAGCUCGGAUUGAAUUGGCCAUUGGCUGCCUCAAUGGUGCUCAUGACAGUCUGAACUACAAGAAUGUGUACCACUUCUGUGUCCGGAUCCGACUUCACGGCGAUACGUCCGAUUGGAGUAUGAUCAUCUGUCAGCAGCCCGGUGGUCUCCUUAACAUCUCGGUAACCAUGUUCAAGUCGAAUAAGCAUCUAGACCGUCAUUUUCUUCAUCAUGAGCACAUGCGAGGCUACCCUCAGCCUCACGGCCUGCAAGCGGGGAUGUGGAAUAUAGGGGUGACCGCUCAUCAGCAGAAGGAUGGCUGCUCUACCACUUCUCAUGGUGGUCGCGAUUCGAAUCCCCGGUUCCUCUCUGAUCUCGAGGGCGGUUGA